AUGCCUUCAAUUCAAAUGACGCGAGACGCCGUACUGGCCUUGAUAAGCGACACAGGCAAUGUCGCUGGCAAACAAUAUGUCAUUGUCGAUCUCCGCAGAAAUGACUUUGUGGGAGGUCACAUUCGAGGUUCCAUCAACCUGCCGGCCCAGACUCUUCAAUCAUCGCUGCCGACAUUGUACAACAUGUGCAAGGCCGCCGGAGUCCAGAAAGUCAUUUGGUAUUGCAUGUCCUCCCGAGGGCGAGGCACGAGAGGAGCUGAUCUCUUUAGCAAUUAUCUCCAAGCCCGUGGGGAUUCAGUAAUGGAGAGUAUCAUUCUAGUUGAGGGUAUCAGAGGUUGGGCAAAUGCCGGUGACAAAUUCACGGACUGGCUGGAUGAGUACGAUGCUUCGUAUUGGGAAUCAGAAGAAAAAUAA